AUGAAUUCGAAUAGUCGACAAGUUUACGUCGAUGGGUUCCCAUCUCUUUCUGAUUUUAUUGCGAGUGAUAGAGAUGGAACAUCUGCAAUAUUCAAAAGAUUCAAUCGCUUAGCAGCAAGAAACUUGCUCGUAUUGCAAAGCGAACUGGCAGAGCUAGAAGCGAAACUUGAUAGAUAUGAUCACGAAGACCAAGCAGAUCGCCAAGACAAAGCGGACAGACUCAACGCGCUACAAUCGCUACGGAAUUGGGAAGACUAUAAGGCGAGGAACGAUAAGAAUUCGGAUCGAAUGAAGUUGCUAGAGCAGAUUCGGACAACGUUAAAAGAGUACAAUAGAAAGAUAUUAAAAGCGUUUCGCAUUUACUUUUUCCAUGGGAGGCCUGAAGAGAGUAAAGAUUGGCCAAUGCUUGGCGGACAUAGCUCCAGCCUCUAUGAAGACCCAGAUGACUUGUUGGUUUUACACACGACAGAACCUCCAGAUAGGUUGACGGUUUUCGUACAGGACUAUCUUGGCUUCUUUUUCAGAGAUGAAAACACUCAUGGGGCUUCCGCGGGGCCUUUGGUAGGAUACGCAUCCGGUAAAAAGAUAUCGAUCUUCAUCUCAUAUCUAAGCGCUAUAUUGGCCGCUCUGUUGCUCGUUGGCGCCAUCAUAAUACUGUACAGGACAAAGUCAAAUGACGUGAAACUAGGCUUGCUUGCUCUUUUCACGACCCUGUUUGCAGCUAGUGUUGGGUUAUUGACCAAUGCGAAGCAGGCAGAAGUGUUUGGGGCUACUGCAGCAUACGCUGCUGUUCUGGUUGUAUUUGUGAGCGGAGGUCUUGGAAGCUAGAAUCAUGGAGUCAAUGUGGCACUCCACCGAUUCAUGAGCGACUUCUUGCCCUUUCAUUUCUUGUCUUAUGUCGCUUAAAAUGAGUGUGGGCUAUUGCAUAUAGGUAUAAAACGCUAGGAAUAUGACUCU